AUUUUCUUUUUAUAGCUAUAUGCAAAAGAUGCCGAAGUUUGCUUGAAGAGAAAUCUAGUGCUCGACAAGCACAACCGAAAAUAUGCGUAUCCUCUCCUGAUGAUAAUUCAUCCGACCAUGAAGUGUCAUUCGACAAAACAUCGGAGCCUUCAACAUCAUACCAUGACACUUCAACUGAAACUUUGCUGUGCGAAAAAUUCGAAAACCUCAAAUUAUUGCCAUCACCUAAUCAAAGCUUAUACGAGCCAGAUGCUGGAAGCAGUAGCGAAAACUCCGGGUCAACGGAAAGCGGCAAUGGCCUUGGUGAUUUAAGCAAGCGUCGAAAUACCCUUAACAAGUUUCUAGCUGCAUCAGGAGUUGAGACUGUCACCCAAUCCAAAAAGAAAUUCAGUAACUCGACUCAGCGUACUCAAAAUGUACAUGUAUUCAAGGCAAGUGAGUCUAUAGUUGCACUUCUAGAUGUUAUUGCACCUGAAGAUUGUGGAGCGCUUUGGGACGCAGUAAAAAGAUCCAGACUGGUCGAAAAACAACUGUCUCUAGAAAAAGAUGAUAUGACGGAGGAUAUGUAUUUGAAGGCAUUGGCAGUAACAUAUCAUCACGCAACUGGAUGGGAUACUCGUCGACAGGUUCUAUCAAUUAUGGCAGAUUUAACAACAUUCUCAAAGCUCCAGUUGUAUAUUCCCGGGAUAACUAAGUACAGAGUCAAGGCAGCUCGCCGUCAUAUGGAGCUGUAUGGUCGUGGAGCUGCAGUCAUUAGCAAAGGAUCUACUAGAAUGCGUGUCAACGAAGAUCAACUUGAUCAUCUACUGACUUUUAUAACCAGCCCACAUGUAGUACAAGAUCUUCCGUUUGGCCAACGAACCCUAAAGUUAUCAAAUGGUCAAGUGAUAGAAACACCAAAUGUCAUAAGGAAUAUGAUUAAAGAGCGCACUAUCAAGCAAUAUGUACAAUAUUGCGAUGAGACCUCUUUCAAACCAUUUAGUUACAGCACAAUCCACCGAAUUUUAAGUUCAUGUUCAGCAUCAGUACGAAAGUCUCUUCAAGGGCUAGACUAUAUUUCUGCAGAGGGAGCUACAGCGUUUGAUGACUUGUCAAAAAUAGUCGACAAACUYAGCGAUCAUGGACUUGACCAGCGUAUCGCUUUGUCUUAUCAGCAGUCACUAAAACAAGAAAAACAGUACCUAAAAACUGAUUACAAGGUACAUAUUACGUCAUCAGCUAAAAUAGCAGACCAUUGCCUCUCAUUCUCACUCAGCGAUGCAGCCGAAGAAGCCCUUCAAAGUGACUGCACUCACACACAUGAUGAAUUUUGUUACUCGUGUGAACAACUAAAGAUAACAUGCCUUGAGAUAGGAGAGCAGAUAAAGCGCUUGUGCAAGGAUGACGACGAUAUGGUUUACUUGCAUGACCAGGCUGUCAAGAACAUUGAAAGCUGGAAGUCUCAUCUUAUACGAUCAGUGCAGCAAGAUAAGGCUCGUACAGAUGUCCUUGAGAUGCUCGAUGAGGAAUCUGUUUUGAUAACACAGGAUUGGGCAAUGAAAUUUCUGCCACAAAAAUAUAGAGAGCACCAACGGGAUUGGUUUGGAAAAAGAGGAAUUUCCUGGCAUAUUUCUGUUGUUGUUAGAAAGGUCCAGAAAGUCCUACAACACCAAACUCUGAUCCACAUAGUUAAAAACUCCACCCAAGAAAGUGAGACCGUGGGAUGGAUAAUGGAGCAUGUUCUAAGAACCAUUAAAAAAGAUCAUCCUGAGAUAAAAACCGCGUACUUCAGACAAGACAACGCUGGUUGUUAUCAUAGCGUGUCCCUUCUUACUGCCUGUCCUAAGAUCUCUGCAAGCACCGGUAUUCACAUCAAGAGAGUCGAUUUCAGCGAUCCUCAAGGUGGGAAAGSAGCAUGUGAUCGCAAGGCAGCGACGGUGAAAGGUCACGUCAGAAGAUAUAUCAAUGAAGGUAAUGACGUCGAAAGUGUUGAAGAAUUCAAGAAAGCCAUUCUCUCCCAUGGAGGCCUAUCGGGUGUAAGAGUAGCCCUUGUUGAUGAUCCAAAGUUCCGAUAUAACAUCCUAGGCAAGUGGGACGGAAUAAGCUCUCUCAACAAUUUCUUGUAUGAUGACAAUGACACAAGUGUAACCGUGUGGAAGUCAUAUGAUAUCGGCCAUGGUAGAAAGGUAUUAUGGAGUAAACUCCCAGUUCAAGUUCUGGAAACGACUAAUGAGCAAGCCGAUGUUAGCUUUUCACUUGGUGACUUUAUGAACAGCGAUUUUUCAUGCCAGCCAUCCAAUGAGAGUAAUGUUGAUGACAGUACGAAUGAAGAAGAUGAURAAGAAGAUGAUAGCACUGAUCAAACAAGUGGAGAGUUAUUCUCCUGUCCAUCWCAAGGAUGCGUCAUGUCAUUUAAAAGAUAUGCAAAUCUGGAAAGCCAUCUUGCGUAUGGAAAGUGUAAGCUACGUAAAGAAACAUUUACCUUGCUAGACAAAGCAAAGAUGUUGUAUGCUCAGAAGCUCGAUGAAGGGACAAGCCUUCAGCCUCAUUUAUGUASCAGAACAACAGCCUCUCRCAACAGUCUUGAAUUAGACAAAGGAUGGGCAUUGAGAAAGUCUAAGAAGUCAGGCAGAUUCAACGAUAAUCAACGAAAAUAUCUGGACGAAAAGUUUGAAAUUGGUUUAUCAACUGGGAUUAAAUGUGAUCCAUCYCAAGUGGCAAGGGACCUUCGACAUGCCAGGAAAGACACGGGGGAGCGAAGAUUUACAAUGGAAGAAUUUUUGAGUCCACAGCAGAUWAAAUCUUAUUUUUCAAGAAAAGCUACUAAGACCAAACAGGGCCUCCUGAAAUAUAAGGAAGUCAAGCAGGUUAAUGAAGUUGAUGCUCUUUCUGUUGAAGAACAAAUGUCAUACACUUCAGUACGAGAUGAUAUAAUUGAAGAGUUCCAGCUAACACAUCCAAUAACGUACGAUACCUAUAACAUUUGUGAAUUACAUUCCAAAGACAAGCUUAAGAGUCUGAACGUAUCUUUGCUUAUUGAUAUUUGCAAUUAUUUUCACUUUGACAUUGAAGGAUUAUCAAAGCAUCGUAAAAAAGGAUACUUAGUGUUAAUUAAUGAUUUAGUCACCACAUGCUCUUGUAMACAUUGAUUACUAUAAUUACUAUCCUUAUUAGCAUUUAUAAUUUUCAACAUUACCAAUUUAAAAACUUUAACAACUAUUUUUAUAGCUAUCAUUAUGCCAACUAAAUGUCUAAUAUUAUCUAUGACAAAUAAAUGGUCACCCUGUGCGUAACGCGUAACGAAAUCCAGUCUAGGUCUGGUUGAAU